CAAUAAAAAAUAGAAAACCGAGUGAGCGAGUAGAGCUGAGUUAACUCGUUUCUCCUCAAAAGAAACAAAAUGAAACGAGUGAACCAUAGGGCAUUAUCUUCUUGCCAAAUUAGGUCAGAAGAAGGAGAAGAAAAAAUGGUGAGAUUUUCAUUGGGAAGAGAAGAAGAUGAUAAUAACGAAGAAGGACCCAGUAGCCGACCCGUUCCCAAGAAACGGCGAACUUACGGCGGCACUUUCUCCUGUACCGCCGUUAAUCGUCAACAAGAACAACAAGAACCAGAACGCCGUUGUGAAAUUGAAGAAACGGCUAUUGAAGAAGAAGAAGAGGAGGAAGAGGAGGAGGAUAUUUAUGAAGAGGAGGAUUUUGUAACUGAUGAAGAGCGAGAAGAAGAAGAGGAGGAUUGGAACCCGGAAUCGGAACCCGAAUCCGAGGGAAUUCCAGAUCCUUUUUUAAAUAGGUCUGCUGAUGCUGUGGCAGUAUUGAAUCCGGAUCGUGAUUUGGAGGGUUCGAGAGUAAACGGGUCGAUUUCUGUGACGUUGUCGGAUCCGGAUGUGUUGGAUUGCCCCAUCUGCCUUGAACCUCUCAGUACUCCUGUCUUUCAGUGUGAGAAUGGGCACAUAGCAUGUGCCUCUUGCUGCAUCAAGAUUGCUAAUAAGUGUCCAUCAUGUUGUUGGCCAAUUGGAUAUAACCGUUGUCGAGCUAUUGAGAAGGUUCUAGAAUCUGUGAAAGUCUCAUGCAUGAACAAGAUCUAUGGUUGCAAGGAGAUUCUGAGUUAUGGUAACAAAACUGACCAUGAAAAUGCAUGCACCUAUGACCCUUGUACAUGUCCUUGCUGCGACUUUACGGCUGCUUCAACAAAGGUAUAUGCUCAUUUUCGUGUCAAACAUGGUUCUUUGGUGGAGCAAAUCGUUUAUGACGCUCACCAUCCCAUUUAUGUAGAAUAUCAUCAUACUUGCAAAUAUCUUCAAGAGAGGACUCAAGGUAUAAUUUUUAUCAUCAAUCAUAUUAGUUACCGUCUUGGAAGUGCUGUCAAUAUUAUCUGUAUUGAACCAACCUCAGAAAAGAGAAGGUUCCGUUAUGAGCUUGUAGUAACGAAUGGGGAGAGCUCUUUUAAACUAGAAUCUGUUGCAGAGAGCAUGCCAAAAUUUUCACAAAAUCUUCCUCUGAAGAAGUUCCUUCUGGUCCCAAUAGAUGUCGUUGAUUCCAGUACUAAGUUGAAGCUGGAUGUCUUCAUAAAACGGGCUGAAUACGCCUCCGCUAUUUAAAGUAGUUGCAGAUGUUGAUGUAUCAUAUUUUCAUGAUAAAAUUUUAUCCUAGAUGAAAAAGAACUAUAUUCAUUUAUGUUUUAUUAUGCCUUGGCCUGUUAAUGUAACAUUGCCUUGUAACUUCUCCAGACAUUUUAUGGCAUGAGUUAUUGGGUCUGUGCUACUA